UGACACGAGGCACGCACGCACGCACGCUGCCAUAUUGGGCACAGACAAGAUCCCCAUGACGACGGCGCCACCAUCCUCCCGUCGGGAAGGUCUUCCAUAACGCGUACGCCUCGGCUUCCGCACGAGCAGACGCGCGCGCGCGCGGCUUUUAUAUAUGUGUCUGAAGACUGAAGCGAGGCAGCGUCUCUUGCCGUGGCUAGCAUACUCUCUCGAGCUGGAGGGGAUACGAUCGUACGGAGCCGAUCAGCGGGAGAGCAAACCGUCGACCCGUCCAGCUUUCUGCGGCUGAGCUUGAGCUUCCAUGGGGAACUGCUUCGGCUCCGAGGAAGCCGAAGUGGAGGCCGUCAAGCAGGCGCCGGGCCACCACGACCACGGACAAGCGAUUGCAAGGCGCAGUCCUCCUCCUCCCAUGGCAGCGCCCAGCGCGCAGGGCGCGGGGCACGGCAGGAGGUCCCCGGGCUCGUCGUCCAUGAGCAGCGUGACCACCAGAAGCACCAGCGCCAGCACGUCGGCGGGCGGCGGCGCCUGCUCGGGGGCGGCGUACCCGGAGCCGGAGCCGGAGCCGGAGGGCAGGAUCCUGGAGGCGCCCAACCUGCGCAUCUUCACGUUCGCGGAGCUGAGGGCGGCGACGAGGAACUUCAAGCCGGACACGCUGCUGGGCGAGGGCGGGUUCGGGCAGGUGUACAAGGGGUGGGUCGACGAGAAGACCAUGAACCCCGCGCGCAGCGGCACCGGCAUGGUCAUCGCCGUCAAGAAGCUCAACCAGGAGAGCCUGCAGGGCCUCGAAGAAUGGCAGUGCGAGGUGAACUUCCUGGGGAGGAUAUCGCACCCGAACCUGGUGAGGCUGCUGGGGUACUGCCUGGAGGACAGGGAGCUGCUGCUCGUCUACGAGUUCAUGGCCAAGGGAAGCCUGGAGAACCACCUCUUCAGAAAAGGAGGAUCCGUGCAACCCAUCCCAUGGGGUCUACGGAUCCGGAUCGCCAUGGACGCCGCGCGCGGCCUCGCCUUCUUGCACUCGUCGGAGAAGCAUGUCAUCUACCGAGACUUCAAGGCUUCAAACAUCCUGCUCGACACGAACUACAACGCCAAGCUCUCCGACUUCGGCCUGGCGAGGAACGGCCCGACCGGCGGCGACAGCCACAUCACCACCCGCGUCAUGGGCACCUACGGCUACGCGGCGCCGGAGUACGUGGCGACGGGCCACCUGUACGUGAAGAGCGACGUGUACGGGUUCGGCGUGGUGCUGCUGGAGAUGCUAACGGGCCUGCGGGCGCUCGACACGGCCCGGCCCGCGCAGCAGCUGAACCUGGUGGACUGGGCCAAGCCGUACCUGGCGGACCGGCGGAAGCUGCCCCGCCUCGUGGACCCGCGGCUGGAGGGGCAGUACCCGUCCAAGGCCGUGCUGCGGGCCGCGCAGCUCACGCUGAGCUGCCUCGCCGGCGAGCCCAAGAACCGGCCCUCCAUGGCCGAGGUCGUCACGGCGCUGGAGGAGAUCGAGGGGAUGCGGCCGCGGCACCGGCGCGCGUCGCCGGAGGAGGACGGGGACAGGAGCGGCGGCGGCGCGUCGUCUCGGAGCGCGGCGCGGAGCGAGCGCCACGGGCACCGGCACCAGCAGCAGUCGCCGCGGCCGAGGUCCGGGUCGGACGGCGCCCGGAGCGGCCACCCGUCUCCUCGAGUGAGAUGACGAUAGCACCGACCGAGCUGACUGGCUGAGAUCUCUCUCGUUGACCGUGAUUCGGUGCCGGUUUUCGUUGUCUUGGGCUUCUCCUGCUCCUGGGCACGCUUCAUGCUUUCGGUGGCUGUAGACGCAAAAGGCCACCGGGUUCGGUUCUGAGGCAGGUCAGCAGCAAUGUAUGGAGACGAUCCAAGAUGGAGAAACUGUUGGAUUUGCGCCGAUUCUGUUCCAGAAUCCGGCAUCGACAUGCCUAUUUCUCAUAGCAUCAAGCUAACACAGGCGCAUGCGUCUACUAGUUGACUGGAGGGCGCCAAUGUUGGAAUGUUUCCUUCUCAUUGGUCCAGUGUCUGCAAAAUUAACUGAUAGUAGUACAUCCUCCUUGCACCAAAGCAAACAUUUCUCUUGCUUUCUUUUUUCGGGGUUAUCUUUUACUUGAUUUGCAGGGAGUACUUUAGUAGAUUUUGAUGUACAUGACUACUUUGUACUCGUAUGUAACAGAAAGUACUCGUUGUAGAUUAACAUGCCCUGAACGGAAACAUGUGUUAGCUCCCUGCUGUCUGCUGAUUGAAUCAAUGCAAAGUUGCGCCUCUUCGGUGAGCAAGCUUUUCGGAA